AUGCGACACAGUCCUAUGCCUGUACGACGCUGCAGUUUUAUGACAUCAAAUGUUGCUGAAGCUUUUAAUAUCAGAUUGUUGUGGGCAAGAAGACUUCCUAUCUGCUCAAUGUUAGAGGCAAUCAGACUUGUUAUUGAGAAAUGGUUCAGCGAGCGACUAAGAGCUGCACAACAAAACGAGGAAGUUUUGACUGAUGAGGCCGACAAAAAGGUAGCUAUUGAAGUCCAAAAAAGUCGUCGAUACAUUGCACAAAGGUUGAGUGGCCGGAAGUAUAAGGUGCAAACUGCUGACAGAAGCUUUAAGGUGGAUCUGGAGAAGAAAAAAUGCGAAUGUCGAGCAUUUCAGCUAGACCAACUGCCCUGUUAUUUUUAUAGUGAGAUAGGUGAUACGAUCGCGGAGUAUGUAGACUCUUACUACACGAAAGAAUUUCUUAUCGAUACUUACUCUGGCGAAGUUAAUAAUCUCCCGCCGAGACACCAGUGGUGGGUUCUUGAGUACAUCGCUGAGAGAGUUGUAUUACCUCUGAUUGUAAAAGGUCAUCGGGGCGCCCAAAAGAAGGUAGACAUCGAGGUGGUGGUGAAGGCAGCAGCACACAAGCAGAUGAGUCUUCUAGUUACAGGCGUCGUAAACCAAAGAAGUGCAGCAUCUGCCAUGAAGAAGGACAGAGCAAGAGAACGUGCGCUGGCAGGGCGACUGAGCCUAGAGAGUAGUGGUUUGUAUUUGUGUGUUGUAACAGUUAAUGAUAUUGAUUGA